CACGAUGUUUCGCUCCAAAGUCAGUUUUAGUACCAUGAUCUUCGUGGUGGUCCUGCAGGCUGUCGUCAUGGUGUUGUUCUGCAGUUGGUACCUCCAUCUCUCUCCCUGUGGCUCCACCCCCUCCGACAAGAAGGUUCACGUUCUGCUGCUGUCGUCAUGGAGAUCAGGUUCAUCGUUCAUGGGUCAGGUGUUCAGCCAGCACCCGUCUGUCUUCUACCUUAUGGAGCCUGGUUUUCACGUCUGGACGGCACACCCCAAAUCUGGGGUGCGCUCACUGCGAAUGGCGUUGAGGGAUUUGUUCCGUAGCUUGUUUCAGUGUGACUUCUCUGUCAUGGACUCGUACAUGCCAGAGCAGCGUAAUGUUUCCUCCUUGUUCAUGUGGAGUGAGAGUCGAGCGCUGUGCUCCCCACCGGCCUGUUCCCUCACGCCACGCGACCAGUUCAGCAACCAGACUCUCUGUGCAAAGAAGUGUGAUGUCCGUGGCCUGCAGGGGGCAGAGCAAGCCUGUGGCACCUACAGUCACGUGGUGUUAAAAACUGUACGAUUCUUUGAGCUGGAAUCCCUCUACCCUCUUUUUCAAGACCCAAACCUGGAUCUCCGCAUCAUCCAUUUGGUGCGAGACCCACGGGCUGUAUACCGGUCUAGAGAGCAGUCCUCUGACUCCUUUGUUGCUGACACCGCUGUCCUCUUGGAGCACAGACACAUGCCAGCAGGUGAGGUGGGUUACCAUGCCAUUCAGGAGAUCUGUCGCAGCCACGUUCGCAUCAAUGAGAGGGCCACGGUAAACGCCCCUCCGUUUCUGGAAGGCCGCUACAGAAUGGUUCGCUACGAGGACAUGGCACAAGACCCACUCAAGGAAAUCGCCUCUUUAUAUAAUUUCAUGGGUCUGGAGAUGACCACAGAGCUGAAGGAAUGGAUCUACAAAAUGACCAAUGGAAGCGGCAAGGGCCCCAAGGGGGGCACCUUUAAAAUCACUUCACGGAACGCUGUUGACGUCUCCAGGGCGUGGCGCACCAUGCUGCCGCACAGCAAGGUCAAACGUGUCCAGGAAGUGUGUAAAGAAGCCAUGUUGCUGUUGGGGUACAGGACGGUUGACAGUGAGAAAGAACAAAAGAAGCUGGACAUAGAUCUGCUGGUGCCACAGGAACCGUACCAGUUCAGCUGGUUAGCCACCAAAACAGAGCAACCCAGUCAGAGCUAAUGACAUCAUCAUCGAGAGACGGCACAGGAACGAUGGCGGUAUGCUGCUUUAGACACAAACUGAUUUGUAAGUGAGUCACCUGAGAGAACACAACCCUCAUAACUUAAACAGUCAUUUCACCAGGCCACGCCCACAUUAUUGUGUAUUAUUGUCUUUCUUUCUCAUUUUGAAACUAGCUCUGUCCAGACGAGUGUGUUUAGCUUGUGUUUAGCAUUUGCACGUACGUGGUUUUAAAGCUUGGCAGUAGGUGUGCGC